UUUUUCGGUUUUGGUUUAUUUUCCUCGUUCUGAUUCUUUUUGAUCUCAAAUUUUUCGAAAUUUUCUCUCGAUUUUUCACCAGUUGUGCAAUAAAUACCGCGGUGAAAUUAGUUAAUUCGAGUUCCUCAAGAUUAAACAGUGAUCGUAAAAUUCUCCGUCCUUCAUUUAUCUCACGUUUCUUCAAUUUCCACUGCGUUGUUCCGGAUUAUCUUCAGGACUGAAAUUCACCAUGGUAACCUCUUUACUCUCUAAAACUCGUCUGUAAUACUCAAACACGAUCAUGAAGUGCCACUACGACGUCUUAGAGAUAGCCAAAGACGCCAGCAACGAAGACUUGAAGAAAGCUUAUCGUAAACUAGCUCUGAAAUGGCACCCGGAUAAAAACCCUGAUAACAUAGACGAAGCAAAACGCGAAUUUAUCCUCGUGCAGCAAGCUUACGAAGUUCUGAUCGAUCCUCAAGAAAGAGCUUGGUACGACCGUCAUCGAGAUUCAAUCUUGAAAGGAGCCGGUAGCGGUUACGAGGACGAGAGCUUAGAUGUGUUUCCCUACUUCAGCGCUUCUUGUUAUCGUGGUUACGACGAUAGCAACAACAGUUUCUACACCAUUUACAGAGAAGUAUUCAAUAAAUUAGCUGCCGAAGAAUCCGAGUAUCUUGCCGAAGACGAUAUGGAUCUGCCCGAGUUCGGUAAAUCUGAUAGUUCCUACGAUAUCGUAUCCAAAUUCUACGGUUACUGGUCCAGUUUUUGUACGAAGAAGACAUACUCUUGGUUGAAUACUUACGAUAUCAACGAAGCUGAAAACAGACGUAUCCUCAGGCUCAUGGAACAAGAAAAUAAGAAAGUUAGAGAACAAGCUAAAAAAGAACGUAACGAAGAAAUCCGUGCUCUCGUGCAAUUCGUUCGUAAACGUGAUAAACGUGUUCAGCAAUACGCCGAGUAUCUGAAACAGAAAACUGCCGAAAAUAGUAAGAAAGCUGAAGAACAUCGUAAAAAAAUGAUCGCCGAACACCAGAAGAAUAUUGCCAGUUAUAAAGAAUCUGAUUGGAGUAAGUUCUCCAAUUUGGAGAAAGAACUUAAAGAAAUCGAGUCCACUAUCGCUAGCGAGUUCGACGACAAGUCAGACGAUUCCGAUAACGACGAUUUAUAUUGCGUAGCUUGUAAUAAGUUUUUCAGAACUGAGAAAUCGUUCGCCAAUCACGAAAAAUCUAAGAAACAUAAAGAAAACGCGGCUUUACUCAAGAAUUCCAUGAUCGAAGAAGAAGAUUUAGUCAACGGUACGGUUUCUGAUUCGGAUGUGGAAGAAAUCGACGUAGAUGGCGAAGAAAACGCUGUACCCGAUGUCGAAUCCAGUGAAGAAGAAUUACCUCAAAAGAAAAAUAAAUCCAAGAAGAAAAACAAGAAGAAAUCUCGUAAAGUAUCUAGCGAAGACGACGAUCCAGUUAAUUCAACCGAACCAGCUAGUCCUGUUCAUGAACCCGAAUCUGUAGACGAAUUAAGCGAAGAAGAACUCCCUAAGAAGAAAAAUAAACAAAAGAAGGGUAAAAAUAAGAAAAAAUCUCGUAAAGUAUCCAGCGAAGAUGACGAUCUCAUUGAUUCCACCGAAUUGGCUAGUCCCGAAGAACUCAUCAGCGAAGAAGAAGACGAAGCACCUGUGAAAAAAUCUAAAAAGAAUAAAAAUAAAAAACAGAUCCAGAAAGUAAUCAGCGAAGACGACGAACCCUUCGAUUUAGCUGAAUUAGGAGGAAGUAAAAAACAGCGAAAAAAGCUCGAAAGAGAAAAGAUCCUUUCUCAGAAACAAAAUCCUCCUCCUCCUCCUCCUGCUGAACCAGUCGAAGAAGAAGAAGCUUCCGAAAAUACGAAAUCUAAUAAGAAGAAAGAACGUAAAAAGAAAAAAGAUAAAGAACCAGAAGUUCAACCACCAGCAAAAGAAAAAGAAAAACCUAUCAAAGUAGAAAAAAAUUCUAAAGGUGUAAAAAAUUCCGAUACCAAGAGUAAAAAUAAACAGACCAAUGGUCACGAUAUUCUAGAAUUAGAUUUAAAUCACGAAUGUGCUACCUGUAAAGAAUCGUUCGAUUCUAAAAAUAAAUUAUUUCAACAUUUGACUAGCUCUGGGCAUUCGAUACUUUUGCCCAGUAAUAAAGGUAAAAAUCCUAAAGCUAAGAAAAAGAAGUGAUUUAAGUAAAUUUGUGACCUUUUUUAUUGUAUUUUGUUAAAAUGAAAAUUUUUGUGUUGAAAUAAAAAUGAUAAUUUCUGUUUUA